ACUUUUCAACCUUUUUUGGUUGGAACAAUGAAUUAUUGAACCCGACGACAAUCGCAUUGAAAACCAGAGAAAGAGAAGGGUAGAAGGAACUGAGGAUCUGGAGGACAUACAUAACCGAUGCGCACAACGAAACGAUAAGGAAUUGGCCUCAAUGUCUUGCAAACUGACGCCCCGGGGCGCUGUCGUCCUUCGGAAUAUCACCUUGCGAACGCGGCAACCAACUACACCCCUCCUACGAUCCCAUCCAGAACGCCGACCAGUACGGCAAAUAGAUCCUUCCUUAAUAGCAAGGAGAGGGCUUGCAGACGAUUUACAUUCGAGAGGGCCACCGCCAGAAGACCAGUCUGGGCCCCCACCACCACCACCACCCUCAACACCCGCCGAGUACGUGCCCAAGCCGCCAGAGCUCUUCGCCCCCAACUACCUCAAUGCCGAAGCGCUCGCCGCUCUAGAGAAAGCCGCGGCUGGCGAGGAUAUUGAUGGCGAGGGCGAAGAAGGUCUGUUGUUCGGCAUGCCCGAGCGCGUUGGGAAGAACCAACAGCUGCAGGACCGUUACCACCCCGUAGUGGACCAGGUCACCAAGCUGCUUAUGAAGGAUGGCAAGCUCGGGAGAGCGCAAAGGCACAUGAGCCUCAUCCUGAACUACCUCCGCACCAACCCCGCCCCCAAAGUCUCCCCCCUCCGCCCCCUCCUCCCCGGCUCCCCCAGCCCAGAACAACUCCCCCUCAACCCCCUCCUCUACCUAACCCUCGCCAUCGACUCCGUCGCCCCCCUCAUCCGCAUCCGUGCGCUGAAAGGUGCCGCAGGCGGUGGGCGCGCCCUCGAGGUCCCGGAACCCAUGCCGGCCCGCGCCCGCCGCCGCAUCGCCGUCAUGUGGAUCAUCGACGCCGUGUGCAAGAAGCGCAGCAUGGGGUCCGGACGCAACCAGUUCGCGACGCGCUUCGCGCAGGAGAUUGUUUCGGUCAUCGAGGGCCGCUCGGGUAUCUGGGACAAGCGCGCGCAGGUGCAUAAGACGGGCACCGCGGCGCGUGCGAAUUUGACCCAUUUUGCGGUGGUGGGGAAGAAGAAGAGGUAGAGGUGAGGAUAGGACCUGGGGUCUGGUAUCAGGUAUUGGCGGAGAGGGGGUUUGCCUAGAACACUCACUAGGUCCCUACUGAACCUGGAUAGGCCUAGGUUAGGUACAUAGAUAGGAUUGACGAAAAAGGGGUCAAUAACCUUAACUAUCAGAUGUGAAUAGUAUAUACCUACCUACUGUAUACACACUGUCUAAACCAACACCUUCUAGCAAUUUUCGGUCUGCCAAUGGCAGCAGCAAUAUUCAAGUAGGCGGGGCAUGUAUGAUAUACUCAAAAAAAAAAAAAAAAAAAAAAAAGCUCUUGUAUAAAAGUCAUCGUAUCGAGGCUUCUUGCUUGGUUUCCAGUAGGUAUCGAUCGACAUUAGGUAUUCACGGAAAGGGGUAACUUUCAAAUCAAAUAACUAGGUACCUA